UCCUUUUCUUUUUCCAUCCCUUCAUCACAACCACAAACCUUGAAAACGAUCCUGCACUAUCUUGCACCGCACCGCACAAACCAAUCUCUAUCAAACUUUCUUGGCUGACCGACAAAUAUUCAUCCAAGGAUUGGCAUCUGGCAGCUCGUACCUGACUUGCGGUAGUGUAACUCUCCAUCCCAUCAUCUUUGAACUUAUCCUUGUCAAACAUUCAUGGUUAUCAACAUGGGGAUCGUAAUUGAGUCUCGCGGCAAUUUGUUACCUUGACGCGCGAUCCCAAUUAAGGUCCUCAUCUUCUUACUCCGUGCUAUUACUGCACUAGCACUAUCCUCUACUUGGAUACUUGGGCACUUUCAUUACUAUGAAUCUAUUUCCAAACUUGUCCACCGACCUGAGGCUGACUAAACUAUACCUACUUUUGCGUACUUCACUUAUCCUGGCAAUGCUUACCGACUAUUCAUCAAUGUUGCUACAAACAUUCCUUCCCGAUUCCUCCACCUUUCGUUCCCGUCCCCCAUUGCACUGCUAUUUCUGACUAUUCAGUCCCUUCAUUGACUUCUUAGUCUCCCCCCGCCAAAUUAUUACGCUCUCACAUGAUACUAAUCCAUCCCGCCCGUUAUUCUUAUAGCUGUCCUUUCUCUAAACCGAGAUUAUCCAGAGAGCAUACAUGGUCCUUGCCUUUGUAGAGGACUCUCGACCAAACUAUAGUGGGUAUCUGUCAACAAUGGUGGUCUUUUUUCCUGCACAGCCAAGGCUUGAGUACACGUUCCACCAUCUUAUUCCUUCUUUAGCAACCUACUGCCAUAUCCCGGUUUACCCGUCUUUACCUAAAUCGAUCUUGCGUAGAUCAAUAAUCCCGACCUCUCGGAACUAUCUCAGAACAAGUACGGACUACUUGUUACUUAGUCGAGGCUGAGGCUUUACUCAGCGCUUUCAAGGUUUCUAUUUCAGCCCAUCCAUGAGAGACCUGGUUUCCUUCCACAUACCAUGUCUCUAUCAAGGUGAUGGUAAGCCACCUCGUGGUGAAAGACCAUCCAUUUGGGACUUGGUUCGAGAUAUGAACAAGCAUGGCUUCUUUUCCUGCAAGAAUGUCUGUACUGAGGCAGAUAUACUUCCACCUCUCCACUCCGCCUACGACUCAUCGUCUCAUCCCAUGUAUAGGUUUCCUGCAUGUUUGUUGACCUGCAUAUCCUAGAUGCAGGUUCAUUCACCAGCCCAUACCCACUGCUGCCUUAUUUUUCAUCACGAGAGGACUCACUCAUUCAAGUGGCAGAGAUUAUAAGGCAGUCAUAUUCCUUCGAUCAAUGACUCCUACCUUUACAUCACAAGCUUCAUCAUCUGUCAAGUUUAGACUUCCUUUGUCCAGGCAUCAUCUCCUUUCAGUCUGCUCGUUAAUAUAUUUCAUUGCCUCAUCUCUCCUUGAUCUCAUACUUUUCAUUGUCUCUUUACUCAUCUUAGUUACCCCUCUAUCAUUGCGACCAAACUCCGUUACGCUAUAUAUACAACAUACGAAAUCGACAACUACCAGCCUCAUACUGAAAUUAUCAUUUCAACAUGUGCUACCUCGUGGUCGAAAGAUACUCAGUUUGCCGCUGCCUCUAUUACCAACACAGCGUUGACAUGUGCGCGGCAUAUGGAACGCAAGGCCAUGGAAUUCAAGAGAGAACGGUAUUAGUCGGAUAUGCUUGCGAAAAACACUCAACACACCAAUCAUACCAAGAUCCAUAUGCGCAAGAAGACUACUCAGACUCUGGAUAUCACACAGCCAGUCAAAGUUCGCAUGCGCACUCAUCUAGACAAUAUCGCAGAUGAAAUAUAUUGUCUUCCAUAACUGGCUGUUCAUGGCAAUUGCGACCUCUUGUGCGCUUCGAAUUCGACCAUUGGAUCACAUAUCUCUUCUCAUUCCGUCGCAGAACUUCUUCCGCUCCACCAUCUGGACUCACACUACUUUUCGUCGGUCACGAUCGCGCAACCUCUGCCUGUAAACCAUGACCCGAACCGCGCGCGGCAAUCUCUACGCUCAAUACCCCUCCCUUCAAGCAUUACAACAACUACGAUCGAAGAAUGGAAACACGCGAUAUUAUGAUUUAGGCAUGAUGGUUAUAUAUACGCAAAGAAGUUCAGUCCCCGAGAACAUAAUCAUUGAAGUCUUUGGCAUUGUAUAGCGGGUUUCAUAUGGCAUAGCGCAUUGAAUAUUUGGUAGAUUGGACAUGGCAAAUCUGUCUAGGCACUUUUUUUGUCUAUGAUUGUUUUUUCUUUCCUUUUGUUUACACUUGUUUUUGCGGAGCAUAGGGAAAUGGGAAAUAUACCUGGUGUUUGGGAGGGAUUAUCAAAUUGGGUUGGUUUUUGGGGGGAAGUAUUUUAAGGCAUCAUUGAGUACUUGGAUCUGUGAUUCAUACAUUGGUUGAUUUGUCGAAGGAGGAUUUGGUCUCAGAGGCAGCGCCUACUUACCUCAUCUAUUUAGUUUUUUUGGGGGAUAUUUUGUUUGGUUCUGAUUUUUUGGGAAUUUUGUUUUAGAAAGCACAUGUUGAGCAUGUGUUAGCAUUGUGUAUCCUACUCACAACUAAAUCCCGGGCUGGACUACUCAAUACUGGAUAUUGGAGUAUGAAUUUGGAUAACACAGGAUGUUACAGUGUAGAAGAAGGUAGUAAACCGGUUUUACAUGUUCUUGGAGGCUACGGAUUUAUGGAUUAUGGCUAAUGUGGAUUAUAAUAUCAAAUGGGGAAGGCGGGGGACGAGAAAUGAUUUGAAAUUGGGUUUUUUAUUUAUUUGAUAGAAAUUCAAAUUCAAUAUAUCAUCACAUCAUCCAUUUGAAUAUUCGUCAGUUAUAUCUUUUGUCCUUUGUAUGGCAUGCAUGGUUUGAAGCUCAUGUGAUUGAUUU